AUGGAUGCCAUGAAGGAAGAGGACAUCUAUGACUUUCUACCAGAGCAUUUGUCUGCAGACAUGAAGGGUAGUGGUACUUGGACACCAACGUGCAAAGAAGAACCGUGUUUGUCGCAUGAAAUUAAAGGAGAGAAGUUUCAAGUCAUGGAAUGUAAUGGUCAUGAGACCACUUCUGAAAUUCAACCAUCAGCUCCAUCACAGCAGGCAUUAUCUCUGAAGGCCAUUAAAGAGGAGGACAUUUAUGAUUUCCUUCCAGAGCAUUUGUACAGAACUAAGGAGGAAGAUAAUGAAACUGACACAUUGGACGUGAAAAAAGAAGCCCUGGACAUGAAAAAGGAACCAGAGUCUUCUCGAAUGGAACACAAUGCACACGUGGCUCCAACAGGUGAACACCAGAAAGCUAAUAUUAACACAGUAAUAACCCAUACUGGAGAAAGGCCUUACCAGUGUGCUAUAUGUUUAAAAGACUUUGCCAGGAGAUUUGACCUCAAGCGGCAUCAAAUAACCCACACUGGGGAAAGACCUUACCAGUGUGCUACAUGUGGAAAAGGCUUUACACUGAAAGGUGACCUCACCGCCCAUCAGAGAACCCAUACUGGAGAAAAACCAUAUCAGUGUUCAACAUGCGGUGCAGCUUUUUCACACCGCAUCUCGUUAUCUAGUCACCAGAAAAAACAUACAGGGGAAAGGCCCUACCAGUGUGCUAUAUGUGGAAAAGGCUUUAACCAGAAAUUUGCCCUCAGCCAGCACCAGGGAAUCCAUACUGGAGAAAAGCCUCACCAGUGUACUACAUGUGGAAAAGACUUUGCCAGGAAAAGUGACCUCAUCACCCAUCGGAGAACCCAUAUUGGGGAAAGGCCCCACCAGUGUGCUACAUGUGGAAAAGGCUAUACAACGAAAAGUAACCUCAUUGCCCAUCAAAUAACCCAUACUGGAGAAAAGCCUCACCAGUGUACUACAUGUGGAAAAGACUUUGCCAGGAAAAGUAACCUCAUUGCCCAUCAAAUAACCCAUACUGGAGAAAAGCCUCACCAGUGUACUACAUGUGGAAAGGACUUUGCCAGGAAAGGUGACCUCAUCAUCCAUCAGAUAAUCCAUACUGGGGAAAGGCCGUACCAGUGUGCUACAUGUGGAAAAGGCUUUAAUCAGAAAUUUGCCCUCAGCCAGCACCAGAGAAUCCAUACUGGAGAAAAGCCUCACCAGUGUGACACAUGUGGAAAAGGCUUUACACAGAAAGGUGACCUCAUCAAGCAUCAGAGAACCCAUACUGGAGAAAAACCAUAUCAGUGCUCAACAUGUAGUGCAGCCUUUUCACAAGUCGCCCACUUAGCUGCUCACCAGAGAAUACAUACCAGGGAAAGGCCUCACUAGUGUGCUACAUGUGGAAAAGGAUUUGUAAAGAAAAGUCACCUCAGCCGGCAUCAGAGAACGCAUACUGGGGAAAUCUAUCACCAGUGUGCUAUAUGUGGAAA